CUACAUGUGGUUAAAGUAAACGGAGAAUACCAUAAUCAGUAUAUUAUCCGUUUCCUUCAAUUCAGCAUGUUUAGAAACCAGUACGAUAAUGACGUUGCUACAUGGAGCCCCCAGGGAAGACUCCACCAGAUCGAGUACGCCAUGGAAGCAGUCAAACAAGGUUCUGCUACAGUAGGUCUCAAGUCGAAAACUCACGUCAUCUUAGUUGCCCUCAAACGCUCCACGUCUGACCUAUCUUCCUAUCAGAAAAAGAUUUAUCCUGUUGACGAUCACGUGGGCGUGUCUAUAGCCGGACUUACAGCCGAUGGUCGCCUGUUGUGCAAGUUCAUGAGGACGGAGUGUUUGAACUCGCGUUAUGUUUUUAAUUCCGCUCUGCCUGUUUCAAGGCUUGUCUCUUCUGUUGGUAACAAGAUGCAAUAUUGCACACAGUUUUAUGGUAGACGUCCCUAUGGUGUUGGCAUGCUCAUUGCUGGCUAUGAUUUGCAAGGUCCCCAUUUAUAUCAGACCUGUCCAUCCUCUGAUUAUUAUGACUGCAAGUGUAUGGCCAUUGGUGCCAGGUCACAGUCUGCCAGGACUUAUCUUGAAAGAAAACUUGACAGCUUCCCAGAUGCUUCUCUUGAUGAGUUGAUUGGACAUGGGUUGCUUGCUUUGAGGGAAUGUUUACCAUCAGAUUCAGAACUGACAUCAAAGAAUGUGAGCAUUUGCGUUGUAAGUGCAAACAAGAAACUUGACAUUAUGGAUGAUGACAGAGUCCAGCCUUAUUUGGAUCAAAUGGACAAUACAAAAGGAGGAAGGCGACAAGACCAGGAGGAAGAGCAAAGAGCGGCAGAUGAUAUGCAGACUGAACAAGAGGGACAGCCACUUGAGCCACCAUCAGAUCAAGGAAGAACUGAUGAAGAUUCAAUGGAGCAUUGAAUCAGGAAUCUUGAGGAUUUUAGGGAACAUUUAUGUGUAUGUGUGUGCAUCUGUUUAUUGGAAAAAAGAGAAUCACAAUUCACGAGAAGCCUAA